GGAAACAUAGGCACACCAGGUAAAAGAGGAAAGAAAGGUGAAAGAGGAAAACAUGGAAGUAAAGGUGACAAAGGAGAAAUAGGUUUACCAGGUGCUCUAAGAAUUGGCCCAAAGGGUGAAGCCGGUUUAAAUGGUUUACCAGGAGAUGGUGAAAAGGGUGAGAAGGGAGCGAAAGGAGACCUUGGAGUAGGAAUACCUGGAGAACCAGGUGUACCUGGUAUCAGAGGAUUAAAAGGAGAAAUUGGAAUGAAAGGAUCACCUGGGCCUCCUGGACCGGCAGUCUUUGUCAACGAUACUGAUGGUGUUAUUAAAAUGAAAGGAGAGAAAGGAGAAGUGGGAGAAUGCCUUGGUAAGUGACAUAAUUUUGCAUAU